AUGGCAUCGGACGGGAAACGCUUCAGCUCGCACAAUGUGCGGUGCUGCACCUUGAUAGGUCAUGUCGACCACGGCAAGUCUUCCUUCGCCGACUCGUUGCUUGCCGCCAACAACAUCAUUUCGGCUCGUAUGGCUGGCCAGAUCCGCUACCUUGACUCGAGAGAAGAUGAGCAAGAACGAGGAAUCACCAUGGAGGCAUCGGCGGUGUCGCUCUCCGUCAAGAUGCGCGUGCACGACCCUACAAAAGGCUGGGAUCCAGACAAUCUCCCUCCCAUCCAGGACUUUAUGAUCAACCUCAUCGACACACCCGGUCACGUCGAUUUCUCUUCCGAAGUAUCAACAGCAUCCAGACUGUGCGAUGGUGCACUGCUCAUCGUCGAUGUCGUCGAAGGCGUGUGUGCUCAGACCGUCACGGUGCUGCGCCAGGCGUGGCAGGAUGGUCUCGAGCCCAUCCUCGUGCUCAACAAGGUCGACCGACUCAUCACCGAACUCAAACUCUCGCCAAACGAGGCGUAUCAUCACCUUAUACAAGUCAUUGAGCAGGUCAAUGCUGUCGUCGGUUCAUUCUUUGCCUCUGCACGUAUGGACGACGACGAGCGCUGGCACGAGGAGCGUGAGAAGCGCAUUGCAGCACGCAAGCAAGCCAAAAAUGACUCGAUUGCUGCCUCGACCGCUACCGACGUUGAAGCAGCCGGCGACGAUGCGCAAGACCAGGAUCGUGAAGAGAGAGACGACGAAGAUAUCUACUUCGACCCUUCCAAAGGCAACGUCAUCUUUGCCUCUGCCAUGGACAACUGGGCCUUCCGUCUCGAACGAUUCGCCAUGCUCUACGCCAAAAAGAUGGGCAUCCAAGAGUCCAAACUACGCAAAGUGCUGUGGGGAGAUUUCUACUUUGACCCCAAGACCAAACGUGUUCUCAGUCAAAAGCAGAAAGAAAAGGAAAAGCGUCCGCUCAAGCCUAUGUUCGUCCAAUUCGUCCUCGAGAACAUCUGGUCGGUCUACGAUGCCGUUGUCGAAAAUCGCGAUCAGGAAAAGAUCGAAAAGAUUGUCUCGUCACUCAACCUCAAGGUACAUCCGCGCGAUCUCAAGUCCAAGGACGCCUCGACGCUCAUCAAGGCCAUCGUCAGUCAGUGGCUGCCUCUGGCGAGCUGUGCGUUUGCCGCCAUCAUCUUCGUGAUCCCACCCACGAGCAAGGCGCAAGCAAAGAGGAUUCCCAUGAUGCUCAAUCCCGAUAUGAGUUACUUCGAUCGAGGCAACUACAAGGCAAAGACGGCGCUGGAAGAGCAUCUUAUGAGUGCCGAGAUUGGGCCCAAGUCAAACCGCAUCGCCUACGUCAGUAAGAUGUUCGCGGUCAAGAAGGACGACUUGCCUGAGGCCAAGAAGGCUCCGCUGACCGCCGAGCAGAUGCGAGAGCGUGCAAAGGAAAGCAGGGAGCGUCAGAAUGCAGUCCGAGCUGCGCUGGCCGCGACAGGUGCCUCGAUGGAUGCAGCUUCCACCGACGCCUCUAUCGAGUCCAACGGCACCAGUCUCGAAGAAGCAGAGGCACAGCGUGCUGCACGUGCUGAGCGAGAGUCACAGGCUCUAGCGGAGAAGGACGCGACACAAGUAGACGAAGAGGAAGAUCAGGGCUCAGACGAGGUCGUGCUCGGCUUUGCCCGGCUCUACUCGGGCACCUUGCGCGUGGGUCAGUGGAUGUACGCUCUGCUGCCCAAGUACAACACAUCUCUCCCGCCGUCUCAUCCUUCCAAUGGCAAGCACAUCAAAGCGGUGCAGAUCGAAGCACUUUACAUGAUCAUGGGUCGCGACCUGCUCGCCGUCAACGAGGUGCCUGCAGGUAACGUCUUUGCCAUUCGCGGAAUGGAAGGCCGCGUGCUUCGCAAUGCCACGCUUUGCUCGCCUUCGCUCGUCCAAUCGUACCCGAUCGACCGCCACACCGACCCAGUCUCGAUCGACGCUACCGUUGCCAAGUCCACAUUUGUCAACUUGGCCGGCAUCAACAUGCUAUCUGCUCCCAUCGUCCGCGUUGCGCUCGAGCCGAUGAACCCGCAGGACAUGCCUAAGCUCGUCGAAGGGCUCAAGCUGCUCAACCAGGCUGAUCCGUGCGUGGAGUCCUUGGUCCAAGAUUCGGGCGAGCACGUCAUCCUCACUGCAGGAGAGUUGCACCUCGAGCGAUGCCUUAAGGAUCUGCGAGAGCGGUUCGCCAAAUGCGAGAUCCAGGUCAGUCCACCUCUGGUUCCUUUCAGAGAGACGUGUGUCCGAGCGCCCGAGAUGCCGCCUCCGAAACUCGAAGGUGCAGCGCGAGGAACUACCGAGGGUAACGUUGCCAAUGGGGCUGUUUCGUAUCGUGUGCGUGCCGUGCCUCUGCCCAAAGCAGUGGUCGAUUUCCUGCUGGCCAACACGCAGACGCUGCGUCGUCUUCAGAAUAGAAGUGCGGGUGGAGCGGUGGAGGAGGAUGCGGAUGCUGCGUCGGGUUCGGUGGAUGCUGCCGGGUCGCUGGCCAGCAAGACGGUGCGGGCCGACAAGUUCUGGUCGACGCUAGCGAACGUGUUGGAGAAGUGCGGACAGGAUAGGACGGGUGAGGACUGGCGCGAGAUUGUGGAGAAGAUUGUGUCGUUCGGACCGCGUCGAGUGGGUGCCAACAUGCUUGUCGACCGAACGGGCAGUGGAAGGACGAGUCUGCGAAACCGAACGGACCCCUCGCGUGCGGCGACGAGGCAGUCUUCGGGCAUCGCCACGCCUUCUGCAGCUGCUGCAUCGAAUGGCGCCGAUGGCACUGCGGAUAAAUUGUCGGAUGCGCUGCACAAGAUGGCACUUGGCGAAGACUCGGAGGAGUCCACUGCGCGCACCGGUGUCAACCUCUCUGCGCUCAACGAGAGUCUCGACUCCGGCUUCCAGAUGGCCACCUCUGCUGGCCCGCUGUGCGCGGAACCCAUGCAGGGCGUUGCGUUCUUCCUGGAGACCAUCACGCUCUCGCCCUCCACGUCAACGUCUUCGCUGUCGUCCGUGACCGGUCCGCUGAUGUCGACCUUCCGCGAAAGCUGCAAGCAGUCGCUCCUGGAUUGGUCGCCACGCCUUAUGCUCGCCAUGUACAGCUGUGACAUUCAGGCGUCCACCGAGGUGUUGGGCAAAGUGCACGCCGUGCUGGCCAAACGCAGAGGCAAGAUCAUCUCGGAAGAGAUGAAGGAGGGCACCUCGUUUUUUACCGUAGGCUCGCUGUUGCCCGUCGUCGAGAGUUUUGGGUUCGCCGAUGAGAUCCGGAAGCGCACCUCGGGCGCAGCCAGUCCGCAGCUCAUCUUUAAAGGCUUCGAGCUGUUCGAUCUGGAUCCGUUCUGGGUGCCGAGGACCGAGGAGGAGCUCGAGGAUCUGGGCGAGAAGGGAGAUCGCGAGAAUGUGGCCAAAAAGUACAUGGACUCGGUGCGGAAGAGGAAGGGCUUGUUUGUCACCCAGAGGAUCGUGGCCGCUGCGGAGAAGCAGAGGACGCUCAAGUCAAAUUGA